CGGAGCCGCACCCGCCGCGGACGGAGCCCAUGCGCCGGGCGAGCCCCGAGCCCCGGCCCCGGCCCCUGCCGCCGCCCCCGCCCCGGCCCCGGCCCCGGGGGCAGUCGCGCCAGUGAGCGGUGGGACCGGAGGUCACUGCAGUGCCUCGUGCUGCGGUCGCUUGAGGAGCGAUGACGGAGUAUAAGCUCGUGGUGGUGGGCGCCGGCGGCGUGGGGAAGAGCGCCCUGACCAUCCAGCUCAUCCAGAACCACUUCGUGGAUGAGUACGACCCCACCAUCGAGGACUCCUAUCGGAAACAAGUGGUCAUUGACGGGGAGACAUGCCUGCUGGACAUCCUGGACACGGCGGGCCAGGAGGAGUACAGUGCCAUGCGGGACCAGUACAUGCGCACUGGGGAGGGCUUCCUCUGCGUGUUUGCCAUCAACCACGCCAAGUCCUUCGAGGACAUCCACCAGUACCGCCCUUCCUCCUUGCAGGGAGCAGAUCAAGCGGGUGAAGGACUCGGACGACGUGCCCAUGGUGCUGGUGGGGAACAAGUGCGACCUGGCCGCGCGCACCGUGGAGUCUCGGCAGGCCCAGGACCUCGCCCGCAGCUAUGGCAUCCCGUACAUCGAGACCUCCGCCAAGACCCGCCAGGGCAGCCGCUCUGGCUCUGGCUCCAGCUCCGGGACCCUCUGGGACCCUCCGGGACCCCCGUGACCCAGCCGCCCCUCUCGCUGGCGUGGAGGAUGCUUUCUACACCCUGGUGCGUGAGAUCCGGCAGCACAAAGCGCGUAAGCUGAGCCCGCCGGACGAGGGCGGCCCCGGCUGCCUGAGCUGCAGGUGCCUGCUGUCCUGACGGUGGCGCGGGCGCGGAGCGCUGGGCGCCACGCAGGAGGCGGCGCGGCGGGGACGGAGGGAGAUGCCGCCGGAGCCCGGCCCCGCAGGUUGGCGGACAGAGUGCCCAUGGGCCUCCCGGGACGCUUCGCACAGACUCUGAUGAACUGAUGCACUGGCCCCCAGCCUCGCUCUCCUCAGCCCCAUCCUGGCCCAGCGGGCGCAGGCCCAGUCGCAGUAAAUUAUUUCAUGGUCUUGA